AUGCUGCUGUUCUGGAACUUGGACUUCUUUGCAUCCCUGUGCACCGGCUUCUACGAUGAAGGCAGGCUGAUCAUGAGCUGGAAACGGAUCGCGGUGAACUAUGCCAAGACCUGGAUGUUCUUCGACCUUUCGCUGAUCUCCAUGGAUUGGUCCUUCCGAAUCUUGGACUGGGCGCACCAAGCCCCCGGCAACUGGUCCAAGAGUUUGCGGAUGCUUCGCUUCCUGCGGCUGCUGCGGAUGCUGCGGUGGAUCAAGCUGCGGAAGAUCAACGAGGUCACUCAGGAGCUGUUUCACACCCAGGCUGCCAGCCUGUACUACGGGCUGUUCAGCAGCAUUGCCACUCUGCUGGUCACGAACCACUUGCUGGCAUGCGCUUGGUUUGCCAUGAGCCACGUCUACGCAGAGAAUUGGGUGACCGACCUGGGCAUUGAGAAUGGUUCCGUGGAGUACCAGUACCUGACCUGCCUGAACUGGGCCUUCGCCCAGCUGGGCGUGGGAUCCAGCCCGGCCCAAGCAACCAACAGCCUGGAGACGGCCUUCUGCAUCUUCAGCGCUUUCCGGUCGCUGAUCACCUCCUCCACGCUCAUCAGCACGGUGAGCAACCUCAUGGCCUGGCUGAGCAAGAUCAAGGAGGACGAGAGCGACGAGUUCCGCAGGCUGCGAGCCCACCUGGCGAACCACAACAUACCUCACGCCCUGAGCCAGAAGAUCACCAACUUCUUGCAGUACCAGUACGCCGUCAGGAAGGAAGCAAGGUCCGCAGAUGUGGCGGUGCCGUUGCUGGACUUGCUCUCGCAGCAGCUGCAGGGGGAGCUGCAGUUUGCGAGGUACGAGCAGGCCCUGCGGAAGCUGGUGCUGCUGGAGGAGCUCAUGGAGACCGCUGACCGGCAGGUGGUCCAUACCUUGCACUGCCUGGCCGUGCGCGCGGUGCGGACCACGGUGGUGGCCGGCCAGGACGUGGUGUUCCUCGCCGGGCAGGAGGCGGACUGCGCCUACCUGAAGCUCACGGGGGCGGUGUCUUACCUCCUCGACGGCGAGCGGAAGGAGUUCGAUGAGUCCGGCUGGAUGGCGGAGGUGAGCUUGUGGGUCCCCUGGUUUUACCUCGGGGACCUGGUCUCGGAGGACGUCACCCGCCUGGUGGCGGUGGACGCGGAGGGCUUUGCCAAGGCCGUGGGCAAGUGCUGGACGACGCAACGCAGCGCGCGAAAGUACGCUGCCCGGUUUGUGGAAGUGAUGCAGAAGGAGACCAAUUGGUCAGACAUGCUGACGCUGCGCCCCGCGUUGCCUCGCACCCAUUCCAUCCUCACGGCGGCCAAAUCUGGGCACUGCUGCCCGGACAUCUUCAAGAGGAAAGGAAGGGUUGUUGGCUUCGAUGAGGUGGUGUCCAACGACGGAGGCAAUGAGCUGAACGACUGGGAGCGUUCCAUCGCUCUGCUCCAGGCCUUGCGCGAGGAGCAGCUGCUGCCGGGGUUUCCGAGGACCUCAUCAGCUUCAACGCGGCGCUGCACACCUGCACGGGCGCCGCUCGCUGGGAGGAGGCGCUGGGUCUCGUCCAGGAGCUGCGGAUGGAGGCCCUGCGCCCGGACAUCUACAGCGUCACAGGGGCCUGCAGCGUGUGCAGCCAUGCGGGUCAGUGGCAAAGGGCCCUGGCCCUGGCAGAAGAAGCGCGGAAGGGGCGGCUGCACCCAGAUGCCUUGCUCUUCAGUACCUUACUCUUUGCCUGCGAGAAGGGGUCGCAGUGGGAGCUUGCGGUUGAGAUCAUGGCCGACAUGCGGCGCUCGGAGGUGGCCCUGGACGCGCUGGGCUGCGGCAUCGCGAUCCGCGCCUGCGCGGCGAAGGGCAGCUGGGACCUGGCGCUCUGGGUCUUGGCCGGCUGUGAGAAGCCGGGGCCGCAAGCCUUCCUGGCGGCGGUGGAUGCCGUAG